CUGCUCCUCUGUCCUACCUGUUCCAGCAGUGUCCUCACCGUCUUCUCUCCCUGGUCUGCAGUCUCUUGUCAUCUCCUGUACUAUGUCUUCAGUCUCUGCUCAUCUCCUGUACUAUGUCCGCAGUCUCUGGUCAUCUCCUGUAGUAUGUCCGCAGUCUCUGGUCAUCACCUGUACUAUGUCCGCAGUCUCUGGUCAUCUCCUGUAGUAUGUCCGCAGUCUCUGGUCAUCUCCUGUUUUAUGUCCGCAGUCUCUGGUCAUCACCUGUACUAAAUCCGCAGUCUCUGGUCAUCUGCUGUAGUAUGUCCGAAGUCUCUGCUCAUCUUCUGUGCUAUGUCCGCAGUCUCUGUUCAUCUCCUGUCUUAUG